GAUCAAACAAGCCAAUACAAGCUGCGCAAAGCAAAUUGGUAUGCCGGGGAAGGCUGCAAGGCGAGUACCCUGUUUACUUGACUGACAACCACCAUUUCACGCAUUGUGGAACGCGCAUCUACGCAAACUGCAUGGAGGGGUGGUGUUGACCAUGGCGAAGAUUCGAAGCAAGUGACUUCUUACACAUCGGGUGUUGUUUAAUUUCAGAUGUAUUGGUGGAUGAUAAGAAUGUCCCGAGUGCAUCAAAUGAACAAGCGGACCCUGGUGCUUCCCCUAUUAAACAAGCCCGGCCUAAAAAGACGAAAAAGCUUGAUGCAUAACUAGACCCUAUCGUUAACCCAAAGCCUUGUCCCAAGAAAGCAUGUCCAGAGCGUGGGGUAUCUGUCGCAAGGCUAAGAUGGUAUCUGUCGCAAGGCUAAGAUGGCAUCUGAAGAGCGUACAUGAGUGGGAUGAGGGUGCUGUCAACUUCUACCUUGCAGAGGACUCGCCCAGAUGAGAAACAAAAUUCUAUGAAGAGGUGCCCAGUGAAGGGAUGCAAGUGGUGGGCUGCUGUCCUCGGAAGGCAUCUGAAGAAACAGCACAAGAUAACGAAAAAAGUAAACCCUAGUUUGUAUAGGAAAACGAUGAAAGAGGAAAAGAAGGUGAAAAAUAUAAUUGCUAGAAUCCGAGAAAGACCUGUAAGGCGUGAAUCCCAGCCUCAGCAACCCGUUCCACCUGCAAGAAAAAGAGUACUCGAACCUGUAGGAGAAGCAUCCACAAGCCGUGCUGGUGAUCAUGAAAUGGACGAAGAAGAAGCGCGGUGUUUGCCAGAUUCACAACGCAAAACCGCAUUGGUCGAAAGUGAAAACGAGUCAUGGUCAGAUGGAGGGAACAAAGAGGACACUCCUUUCGAUCCCUCUAAGUAAGAAGAGUAUUCGUCAUUAAAAGAAGAAAGUGCAUUUGGUGGUAUCUCAAAACUAAAACAAGUAGAUCCUUUGACAGAAAAGAGUGAGCUUGAGAGUGACCCGCAGGUUUUCGAUGACAGCGUUCAAGGUUUUGCCUCACACCUGAUGGGACCAAACAGCGGCCGUAAAUAUAGAAAAGUAGCCACUCAAAAGCAGAGGCAAGUGAUGGCGAUAGCUGAUGCAGUCGUGCCAACAGGCCCCAAAACGAUGCUAAGAGUCUGGGGUGACACCGACUCAAUAUGAAGCAAGUGUUUUUAGGAGUCCAGAAAAAGAAAAGCAUGGCUUGAUUCGCAGAACAGAAGUGAAACGGCAAAGGGUCUAUCGGCAGGGACUCUACAAGCAUAACGCUUGAUGAGUACUUUGGCUACGUGUUUCAACACAUGCCAGGUAGACUCACAAAAACGGAGCACGGGAAGAUCAGCACCCUAUCUCAGGUUCAAGGGUCGUGGAGAAAAUCGUUGGCGCAAAGCAAAGCUCAGCAGGAGUUUCCGACGAUCCAAGAUUUCGAGUCAGAUUUCUCUCGACGACUUAGCCGUUGUAAUGACGUCUGAGCUUGCCAAGCGUGCGCAAGCAAGGCUGAAGUUUGGCUACCAAGGACUGAAGUAAUGAGCUGCUACCUAUGUACGACGUAAGUGAAUUUACUCUCUUGAGAAAUUACCUUAUGGCCAAACUACUGUACGACCUAGCUGGCCGGGAUUUUAGCUGCUCUGGGCUGACUAUCAAUGAAUGGCGAGGUAGGCUAAAAGAACACUGUUAGUUUCAGGGAGUUAUUUUUACUCCACUCAGAGAGUAAAAACUACUCUUUGCGAUGGAGUACUUUUAAAGGAGUAAUUUUAACUCCUUUAUUGGAGUAAAAACUACUCCACUGAGGAGAAUUUUUUUUGUUUACUCCCUUAACGGAGUAAGUUUUACUCUGCUGAGAAUUAGUAUCGAAUUUUUAUUAGAAAAAGAGUAAUUUUCACUCUUGUUGGUCAAAUAAUGGAGUAAAAAGUACUCUUGUCUGGGAGGUAAUUUUAGCAGAAUAAAAGCUACUCCAACUAUCUCAAGUGAAAAGAGUUAUUUUUACUCCAGAUGGUCAAGAAAUGGAGUAAAAAAGUACUCCUUUGAGGGGGUAGGUUUUGAAGAGUAAAAAGUACUCCAGCCAUCUCGUGUUGAAAGAGUAGUUUUUACUCCAGCUGUAUCUUUUUAGAGCAGUAUCAAACCACUCCAAAUAUAUAAAAUAAAGGGAGUUGUUUUUUUUUACUCUGAAUUAGCUGAAUUUAAAAAGAAAACGAUAGUCUUCAUUAUAUAAGACAAAAGAUAAAAAUAAUAGUUUAUCGAAUUUAUUUAAAACUCUACCCGUGCCUAGGAGUUUCCUAAGAUUCCCUAAGUUCGAUCAAAACAACAAAAUAUGAUUAAACUCCCUAAAAAUUCCUAGGAUUUCCUAGUAUAAGCAGUAGACCAGUAAAUCGGAAUAAUUUGGAUAAGAAAAUCUUAGGAAGAAGAUUUGAAGUAUUCUACAAUUUAGGAACUCUUAGGAAAUUCUUAGGAAAUCCUAAAAGAAAAUUUUCAAUACAAGAACAGGCCUCACCAUGCUUGCAUAUAUUGUCAGCUUUACUACAACAAUAAGAAAUGUAAUCAAAGACAGGCAUUGGACUCGAACUUGAGUUUUAUGUGGUGUACUUUCAGAAUUCGCUCAGAAUAAUUAGAACUAUAUUGAAAAGAAAGAUGGGUAGGGUGAUAAUUGUAUAAAAUUCUUAGAUCCGAUUUGAACAUUAUAAAAUAAUAUACAUUGUUUCUUAUAGAAAUGCUACUUGAGAUUAUAAAAAAAAGAAGUCCCGCUUUGCAGAUAGAAGACGGCUCACUAGGGCCCGUAAAAGCAAAAUGUGCCGGGCGUCCUUUGCUUUAGUGGCCGAGAGGGGCUUGGGCCCAAGGCGCAAAAUCGUAACGGUCGAACGAAAGCCAUUAUCACAGCCUCCAAACGGAUAGCCGUUUAUUCCCGUCUUUUCUACGCGUAAUUCACCUUUUUUUAAGGAUUUGAUGGCAGAACAGGGAUUGAAGUUAAAGGACAUUAUGAUAGAGAUAGUAAAAUGUGCUCGAGUUGCAAAGCCAGAAAAGAAAGAAGUUUGAGGUAUAAGGAAUGUAUCAAUGCGUAAAUCGCAAGAAACGAAUAAAAACUUCGUAAACUUAAGUUAUUCACUAAUCACUGUACUUACAUCUAAAGCGCCUAUGCUUUAUAAACUGUUACUUGAAGCACAAAAUUGAAUAACUUAGCUUAGUAAAAACCUAGUAAUCAGUCUUGCACCUAAAAUUUGUCCAGAUAUUUAUUUUGAAUAUCUAAUGUUACUGUAGUUGGUUUUUGUCCGUAUAUUCUGAUCACAGUAAACCCUGUGUUGUAGUUUUACUUCCGGUUAAUUAGCAUAUCUUUCGCACAUGCGCACCCGGAUCGAGUUCCUCGUGUAGUCCGCCAUGUUUUGUACUGUGUUAAUAAAAUAGGUGAAUAAAAAGCCUUCAAGUCAACUUAUUACAUGGUGUCAGAAGCAAACUGAAGGAAAAUCACUCUCAAACAUACCAGGUCGGUAUUUUACGAGAAAUCUAGCAAGUUUACACAAGGAAAAUGGCCGAACUCACUGGACUCACUAGCCCUCGUAUGGACUGGAAUGCAACCGAUCUUCAACAAGCGCUAAAAAAGUUCAAGGCAACCGUCGAAUUGUACUUUUCUGGCCCGCUUAAGUCCAAAUCGGAGGAAGAAAAGGUCAGUUAUCUGUUGAUAUGGACGGGAGAAGAAGGAAUUGAAUUAGUUUCUACGUGGUCGCUAACCUCAGACGAGAAGAAAAAGCUGUCAACUUACUGGAAGAAGUUUGAAGAAUACGUCGCCCCCAAGAGCAAUUUUCGCUUAGCACGAUUUAAACUACGCACUCUGAAGCAAAAGGACGAUGAACCAGUGGAUUCAUUUAUAAAGAAAGUAAGAUUGCUAGCCAGCGAAUGCAGGUAUGAUAAUGUAGACGAACACAUUAUUGACGCUCUAAUUUUCGGGUCUCGCCGCCCACGUGUCCAGGCUAAACUCCUCGAGUUAGACAAAACUCUAACGCUCGCUAAGGCAAUAGACAUAGCCAGGACUGAGGAAGCCACUUCGGCUCAGUUACAAGAUAUUAGAGGCACAAACACUAUACCUGUACACGCAACAACCCACAAAAGCCCUUCUUCACAUCCCAAGACACACUCACGUGAAAAUAAACAAGUACAAACUUGUGGGAACUGUGGCACUAGCCAUGAUGUGACACAAAAAUCCCUGUGCCCCGCAAACGGAACAAAAUGCAACAACUGUGGGAAACCAAACCACUGGGCCAAGGUUUGCCGUUCCACCAAACCCCAAGGUCCCACCCCGAGGGGAAGAGGCAGGCGGGGAAACCGGAACAAAUCAAAGCAACAGAUAAACACCCUCAGCAAUGAGAAUGCUAGCACUGCACCUGAGCCCCUAGAUUCCCCACAGUUAUAUUUUCACUCUCUGACCAUUGAUAGUAUGUCUCGACAGAACACUCAAGCGCUCGUCAACAUACAGGUUAACUCGAGUAACGGGACACUACCACUAUUAUGCAAGAUUGACACUGGUGCUGAAGGAAAUGUGAUCCCAUUAAGCAACUACAAGCACAUCUAUCCAGAGUCACUCUGCGACAUAGACGGCAAGCCCCUCAGCUUAGCCCCAUCAGAUACAAGGAUAACAGCAUAUGGAGGCCAUGAAGUACAACACUACGGUACCUGCAACCUCACUUUACUACAUAACGGUCAGUCCAGCCCUCAUGAAUUUCAUGUUGUAAACACGACAGGACCUACAAUCCUAGGACUACCCACAUGUACUGCAAUGAAGCUUGUAACCCUUAACCACAGUCUAAGCAAAGACCAGGCUGAGCCAGCCGAAAUACGACCAGCUCAAGUACCCAAGGAUGACCCUGAGGCAAAGGCAGCUCUACUAAGACAGUAUGCUGACUGCUUCGAAGGCAUCGGAUGCUUCAGCGGAGAGUUCCAUAUCACACUUGACCCUACAGUACCCGCUGUGGUUCACCCGCCACGACGAGUCCCUGAAGCACUUCAGGAGCCUCUGCGCAAGGAGUUGGAAUCCCUCGUACAGCAAGGAAUCAUCACCAAGGUUGAUGAACCCACUGACUGGGUCAACUCGCUAGUCUGUUCCACAAAGCGGAAUGGCUCCAUACGACUCUGCCUUGAUCCAAAGGACCUCAACUGCGCCAUCAAACGUCCACAUCAUCGUACACCCACUCUUGAUGAAGUCUUAUCAAAGCUAAGUGGAUCCGAGUACUUCUCCAUAGUUGACGCCCGCAGCGGUUAUUGGAACAUAAAGCUUGACCAGGAAAGCUCACUCUAUACAACAUUCAACUCUCCCCAUGGAAGAUUCAGAUUCCUACGACUACCCUUUGGUCUGAUUUGUGCUCAGGACAUCUUCCAAAAGAAGGUCGAUGAAACCUUUGGUGACUUACCUGGGGUGACAGGCAUCACAGACGACAUAGUUGUUUACGGACGCAACCGUAAGGAGCAUGACAAUAACCUGAAAGCAGUAAUGGAGCGUGCCCGUGAAACUGGUCUGAAAUUCAAUGCUGACAAAUGCAAAAUUGCCAGCAAGGAACUUGUCUUCUUCGGACACACCCUAAGUGCAGAUGGUCUGAAACUUGACCCUGCUAAGGUUGAAGCCAUCAACAACAUGGAUCCUUCAACGAGCCUCACAGAUCUCCAAGUCUUCCUAGGUAUGACGCAAUACCUUAGCCGUUUCAUACCCAACCUCGCUUCAACAGCAGCGGUCCUCUGGGACUUGACAAGGAAAAGUAGUCAAUUCCAGUGGUGCCCAGAACACCAGAAAGCUGUAGAUGACAUCAAGAAGCUCAUCACAUCGCCAGCCUCGCUGCAGUAUUUCGACAGCACCAAGCCUGUCGUAAUCCAGGUGGAUGCAUCUCAACGUGGCCUCGGCGCGACACUCAUCCAAGAUAAAGGCCCUGUGGAGUACAGAAGUAAGCUACUCACUGAAACCGAGAGGAGGUACUCCAACAUAGAAAGGGAAAUGCUUGCAGUCGUCCAUGGUCUCGAGAAAUUCCACUACUACGCUUAUGGACGCCACGUCCAGGUCCACACGGACCACAAGCCACUGGAGGCAAUAUUCAAAAAGCAUCUGGCCAGCGCGCCACCCCGCAUUGCCAGGAUGAUGCUGCGGAUACAGAAAUACGACAUCGACAUUCGAUAUGUCCCAGGGAAGGACAUACCCCUGGCCGACGCCCUCUCACGACUUAACCCAAGUCCCGGUGACACUAUCGCUGGACUUGAUGUCUCUAUACAUGAGCUACACUUGCACCUCAAUGCUAGCCCUACUAGGAUAACGCAGAUCCAAGAGGAGACGAGGAAGGACACAACACUUCACUCACUUCGUGCCGUCAUCGCCCAAGGUUGGCCAAACAAAAGAGCUGAAUGCCCUGAGUUACUACACCCAUACUGGAACUAUCGUGACGAACUUACUGUCGCCGAUGGAUUGGUCCUGAAGGGUACCCGAAUUGUAAUUCCAAAGACCCUGCAGCCAGAUGUUCUACAGCAGCUACACUAUGCACACCAGGGUGCGGAAAAAUGCAAGCUCAGAGCCAAGGGAUCAGUCUUUUGGGCGAACAUCAAUGCCGACAUCGACAACAUGGUCAAGAGUUGUGCUCCCUGUCAGCAUAAUCAGUCCAUGAACACUAAAGAGCCGCUAAUGCCUCAUGAUGUUCCACCAAGGCCCUGGCACACCCUAGCAUCUGACUUGUUCUCCUGGAACGGUUCACCAUACUUACUACUCUCUGAUUACUACAGUAAGUUCCCAAUUGUGCGCAAGCUAACUAACAUCCAAUCAUCUACUGUCAUCGCUCACCUCAAAGGAAUAUUUGAGGAACAUGGCAUACCAGACAAACUUGUCACAGGACAUGACACCCAGUUUACGUCUGCUCUAUUCAAGGUUUUCAGCAGCACCUAUGGAUUUAUUCAUACAACUACAAGCCCAUACUACAAGGAGGCUAAUGGCUUCAUAGAGAGAAAUGUGCAAACUGUCAAGGAUCUCCUUCAAAAGUGCAAGGAAUCAGGGCAAGACCCACAUCUAGCCAUGCUGUGCCUGAGAACAACCCCUUUGGGUCACACCCUGCCAUCACCAGCAGAGUUGCUAAAUUCCAGAAUAUAUCAGUCUAACCUGCCAGCUACUUCCAGGCAUGCACUACUGAACAAACCUGACUAUGAUGCCAAUGUCAAGCUGCAAGCCAGACAAGACCGACAGAAAUCAUAUUACGACAGGACUUCCAAGUGUCUACAGCCUGUCUACCCUCAGGACGCUGUCAGAGUCUUCAACCCCCUCAACUCCAAAUGGGAGCCAGGAAUAGUUCGAGCCGCUGCGCCAACCCCACGCUCGCACAUUGUGGACAUGGCCAAUGGCAGUACUCUCACCAGAAACCGCAGACACAUUCGUCCCACAGGUGAAAAACUAAGCUUGAAUAAUACCUCAGCUACUGAUGACUACGAGCCUGUAGCAGAACCAGCACCUAACGGCAACCAACCCCCAACAGAGCCAAGGACGUCUACACCUGGUACCCCUGCGAAGUCCACACCUACCCAAAGUGGUCCACCAUUACGCAGAUCAACACGGACAGUGAAGCCCCCAGACAGACUGAACUUGUAGCAUUUGCUACACAAACAUUAGAUAUUGAACUAUGUUAUUAUUAGUACUGCAAAGUUCUUUGUUUUUUUACACCCCUAAUUGGACACUACCAGUCACAUUUGUACUCAUGUAAUUUUUCAGCUUUUCAGCUUAGAGAAGGGGAUGUUGUAGUUUUACUUCCGGUUAAUUAGCAUAUCUUUCGCACAUGCGCACCCGGAUCGAGUUCCUCGUGUAGUCCGCCAUGUUUUGUACUGUGUUAAUAAAAUAGGUGAAUAAAAAGCCUUCAAGUCAACUUAUUACACCCUGCAUAUGAAGAACCUAGUUAUCUUUUCAAGCUAGCCUACCAGGUUCAAAUUUAAAUGGUGCAUAUAGAGGCAUUAGGCUUCUAGCUUGUUAUCUGAAAAUACAAAGAUGGAGGAGGAGGCAGUUCCUUUGCAAAACCGUAAUGACGCCAAAAAAGGGUAAUGUUCAAAAGCUGUUAUAGAAAAAUAAUAUUGUGUAUGUUUGUUUCAGCUUUAUUAUGUUGGGACAUUUGUUAGUAAUGUUGUCCUGGAUACCUUAUGUCAAAUGACUAUUUUUUCAACUGAUAUUUUUGUUAUUUUUAAACUGAAUUGUUUAAUUAAAUGAUUUGUCAAAUUAA